AGGGUAAAUGUGACCCAGCAGAGAGAGUUUGGUGCUGGAAGUCUAAUUGAGUCCAUAUUAGCUGUGUGAGCACUCGGAGAGAUAUCGCUGCUGCGCUGCUGAGCUCUGAAACUCAGCUAAGCUAACUUGAAGCCUGCAGAGACAAAGACACAACAGUCACCUCACUGCAGAGCCGUGGGGAAAGGGACCGGUGGGAGAAAAAAAAAAAUGACAACCAAAAAGCCGCAGAGCAUGCUCCGGGAAGCUUCUCAUCAGAUUAUUGCCGGUGGAUCCGCUGGUCUGGUAGAGAUCUGCUUGAUGCAUCCCCUUGAUGUAGUGAAGACCAGAUUCCAGAUCCAAAGCGGAACCAGUGACCCCACCAGCUACAAGAGCCUGAGGGAUUGCUUCCGAACCAUCUUCCGCAAUGAGGGAGUGUUUGGCUUCUACAAGGGAAUCCUGCCUCCGAUUCUGGCAGAGACACCAAAGCGAGCAGUGAAGUUUUUCACCUUUGAGCAAUACAAGAAGUUGCUGGGUUUGACCCCUUUGUCUCCUGGUGUGGCGCUGUCUGUAGCCGGGCUUGGCUCAGGCUUGACUGAAGCUGUUGUCGUCAAUCCAUUCGAAGUGGUGAAAGUCAGUCUCCAGGCCAACAGAGAUUCCUUCACAGAGCAACCCUCCACAUUCGCUCAAGCAAGACGCAUAAUUAAUUCAGGCGGAUUUGGACUGAAGGGCCUGAAUAAAGGAUUAACAUCAACACUGGGACGCCAUGGAGUUUUCAACAUGAUCUACUUUGGCUUCUACUUCAAUGUCAAGGAUGCUAUUCCUACCUGCGUGGAUCCUACCCUUGAGUUCAUGAGGAAGUUUACUAUCGGCCUAGUGUCCGGGACCAUCUCCUCCUGUGUGAAUAUUCCCUUUGACGUAGCCAAGAGCCGCAUCCAAGGCCCCCAACCCGUGCCCGGAGAGAUCAAGUACCGCACCUGCUUCCAGACAAUGGCAUUGGUGUACCGGGAGGAGGGGUACUUGGCUCUAUACAAGGGCUUGGUGCCCAAGAUAAUGAGGCUUGGACCAGGUGGAGCAGUGAUGCUGCUGGUCUAUGAAUAUGUGUCUGGAUGGCUACAGAGGAACUGGUAACAAAAAAAAUAAUCAUGGAAAGGAAACCCACAAGAGUGCCUUAUGGAUUGUGCCUCAUUGCCAAUAUUGUUUACUGAGUGACUGUAGUAACAUCAGACCAAAUUCAUUUGCUUUUUUACCUUGAAUACGUAAUUCUGCUCUGCAAAAUACCAAAUCAACAUUACAAUAUAUGUCAGAAUGCAGAUUUCUGUAGCAACUAUAUCUUCAUCUAAGUCAGUUUCUCAGGAAUUAAAAACAGCUGAAAUAUUUGCAAACUGACCAAUACAAUAAUAGAAAUAAUAAUAGAAAACAGUUUUUUUAACAGUGGAUCAGUAGGUUUUAAAGGUCCUGAAAUUUUUCUUACUACUUACUUACUAUGAACAAUGGAGUCCUAUAUAAAUUCAAUGAGAUAAUUUCCUGCCACAUUAUGAACAGUUUUGGUUAUUUCAGAGAUUUAUGUAUUGUGCAGUUUUUUUUUUCUGUGCUCUUCUCACCAGUUUAAAGCGGGUGGUGCUCAGCUGGGGGGGAAAAGUGAUGUCACGCAUGUCUGUGCACCAAUCAGAGUUGAGGGAAAUUUGAAUUUGAUGAGGGUUGUGGGAUUUGUUUGCUUAUGUCAUCCAAAUCUAAGCAGACAACACCUACACAGUCCUCACAAAUUAUAUUUUUUGUAAGUUUUCAGAGAUAAGCUCAAAGAAUAAGAGUGUUUGUUUAUUUUUUAUGAAGUAGCUUAUUUAGUCAAUUAAUACCUAAUGUUAUAAGGGAAAUGCUUAAUAUUUGACGUUUUCAGGGGCUUUAAUUUUCAAAUGAAAUAAAACAGGAGUGAAUGGAGUGAAAGCAUGUUUACCUGACAGUCACAAAAGGACUCAACUCUAGUCCCAUCAGUAUAUAGCUGCACAGUACACGUUGUAUGAUGAAACAAUGAGAUGAGUCUCACUUCCUUAGACCAACGUCACCAGAGCUCUGCUGGACUCGAGGGGAUCGUCUGUCUCUAUCAACAAUCACUAAUAUCUUAAUAUAAACUGCUCUUUAAGGAACAGCUUGUGAAUUCAGCUGCAGUGUAGAGCAGUGUCUAUACGCACACAUACGUACUGUUUGUUUGCUGAAUAUUUUUGUCAUGACUAUUUUUAUGAAGAUCCUUCAAAUCUAACUAGUAUGAAAUCUUUGUUUCCAGCUUUUAUUGGUACGAAACUGUAUUAGUUAAUCUCAAUUUUAAAUAAAAAGCAUUUGUGAAGUUGCUCACAUGUAUUGGUAACAAAUAAAAAGGAAUUAAACUCCUCA